AUGCGCUACGCCGCUCCGGAAGUGAGUCAGAGGAGGCCGCGUUACCACAGCAACCGAGGCCUUUUUCGCACCCGACUGCUGCGGCACUACCUGAGCCUCUUUCGGGUUCCUUUCUUACCCCUAACCCCGGGGGCACCAACCCCUCUCCCUCCUUCCUGCCUGGGCACUGCAGACAUCCUCAAGUCCCCGCUGAUCAUCUUCGUGAUGGGCAGCCCAGGCUGUGGCAAAGAGACACAGUGCAAGAACAUGGCGACCAAGUACGGCUUCUGCCACGUGGGGCUGGGCCAGCUGCUGUGGCAGGAGACCCAACAAGGCACCCGGCGGGGCCAGAAGAUCCAUGAUGUCAUGCUGCAGGGGCUCCUGGUGCCCACAGUGAGAGGUUGUCAUAUCCUUGAUAUGAUCAGUGACCGCAUGCUGUCCUGUCUGGACAGCCGGGCCUUCCUCAUUGACGGCUUCCCCCGGGAGCUGAGGCAAGCCAGGGAGUUUGAGCACAUUGCGAGCGACCCCAAGGCCUGCGAGGGUUAUAAGGUGGGCCAGGCCCCCAACCUCGUCAUCGUGUUUGACUGCUCCAUGGAGACAGUGGUCCAGAGAGCGCUGCAUCGGGGCCAGGUGGAGUGCCGGGCCUCUGACUGCAAGUCGGCCAUCCGCCAGCACUUGGAGAUGCAUUACACCCUGUGUGAGCCCACCCUGGCCUUCUACCAGCAGAAGAACCUGCUCUGA